CGCAGCGAGCGAGGACUCGGACUCGAUUCGGACUCGGACUCGGACUCGGACCUCGACUCGCUGGAAUUGGAAUCCUUGCAGAGCUGCAGAGCGGCAGAGGAGCGGAGGCAGCAACAGCAGCAACAGCGGCAGCGCAGUUACAGUCAUUGGCAACAACAAAUACAUACACAUGCACAACACUCGCACAUCGAUAUCCGUAUCCAGAAGAGGUCCUUUCUAGAGGCAGGAAAAAAAGUGGACGCAACUCCUUGUCGGAUCGGGUGGAGCAUGGAAAUUGGUCACUCCUGGUUCACAGCUGGCCCAGUGACUCGCAGGUGCUAGGAAAACAUCAGCCGCUCAACAACCCACAAAAGCACACGAACACACACUCACCCACUCACAAACACUCGCCCACUCGGCCAGGAUACAUGGCUCUACUCGGGAUUAGGCAACUACCAGGUCACUGAAAACGGAGGAAGCCAUGGCACUGGUGCACACGUUCCUGGGCACCUGGGAGAUUGUGUGCUGCACCUUCGAGGGAAAGCGGGAGCUGUCCGGCUUGGAGGGCAUUAAAUUCCGAUUGGACGAUACCAGCGACAUUACCUGGUACAAUGACCUGGUCAGUCCGCUGCCCGAGUCCAAAGACUGCGGCUCCUUCUGCGAAUCGGCCAGCGUACUCUUCAGUUGCGAGACCUUCGACGUCCAUGAGAUCAAUCCUCGCCUCGUUUUCGGAGCCUUUGCCGGCCACAGCAUUGAGUUUAGCACCAACACGCUAACGCCGACUGAUACACUGGUGCUGAGCUGCGAGAACUGGUAUGCCGUCGAGUGCAAGCGCCUGCAGGAUGGCCAGGCUGCUGGCCAGGAGAAGCAACUGAGCUUCGGCGAGGCCCUGCAGGAGUCCUACUUCAGCGACGUGGUGGUAAAGAGCUCCGGCGGACUGGAGUACGCCCUGCAUGCCUCCAUACUGCGGCUCAACGGGUUCGAUUGCAGCAUGUGCGUGAACAGUGCCCCGCCUUCGGCGACCGUUCGUCCGACCAGGACCUGCCACAGUGGCCCAAACACCCCGAAUCCGAUAAGGAUUUCCGUGGCACCGGCCAACGAUGACGGCCAUGACAAGUCCCUGCCGCGGUUGAAUCUCUCGCCCAUUUAUUUGCAACCGCCCUGUGACUUCCAGGCGAUGCCGUCGUCCGGCUUGGGCGUCCAGCGAAUGCAUCAGUUUAGCAGCAGCUUCAACUGCUUGAGCAAUGGCAAUGCCGGGGACUCGGAGGCGUCGGUGGUCAGGACCACGAAUCUGUUGAGCCUAGAAUGUGGCGGUGGCGGGAUGUACCGCCUGCCGCCCACCUCGCAUUCCGAUUCGCAUCUGGAAACGUCACAGUCGCAUUGCAAGAACAUUUUCAACUUUUGCCAGGACCUGAUGCUGCAGCCCACACCCACACCCCUGCCACCGACCGCUGGACUGGCCAUCUGCAGCAUCCGGAGGCCACCGCUGUCGCCGUACCGCGCACGCAGUCCCUCGCCCUUCCCCAGCUCCAUGGACACGCCGCCGUCGUCGCCCCUCACGCCCGUCGGCGUCCUGUGCAACCUGCCCACCUUCCUCCUGGGCCCCAUCCUACACUGGCUGUACACGGAGUCACUGCUCCCGGACCUCGACGAGGACGUGUGCGAGAAGCUAAUCGGCUUUGCCGAAUCCCAGCCGUCGCUGACCAAACUAGUGGAGCCGACUCGCAAGUACCUGCGACUAUUGAGACUCAAAAAAUUUGUGGUCAACGUUACUAUGGAUCUGCACGGCAUUCUCAACAGGGUUAUACAGUGCUUAAAUCCCGGAAAUAUUACCCGCGAUCCAACGCAGCUCUAUGCAACAUUUCAGGAUGCCUUGCGCGAAUGUGCCAUUGGCUGCGCCAAGGUGCUUCAGUUCUGUAACAUUUUCAUUACGGAUGCCACACACAUGACGCGAUAUCAAAAGAACGAAAUUGUCAAGUACAUACGAACCCGCAUCCCAAUUUUCAUGUCGCAAGUUCAACAGCUGCUACGGAACGUACUGGGAGUCUUUGUCGGUCUAAGUGUCGACGAAAAAGCCGAAUUGGUGAAUUAUCUUGUACCUGAAAUCGAAUCAACCUUAUUUGUACUGACCGCUGUGAUAGAGGAAAUCAAAAACUCACUGGAAAUCAUGUGUAAGGACCUGAAGUGUUCCCACUUGGAUCUCCCCCUACAAGAACAGCAGGCAGACGAUGCGAUUGUCAUGCAAUUGCAGAUCUCGGAUGGAGGCGAACCCUCGCCACGACCUCGUCGCGGUGCUCCCGUGGGUCUAACGCUCUAUGACAAUCUCACGGACAAACAGCGCCUGAGUUCGGCGGAGAAUGACCUGAAAUUCGUUCUCUACAUGUACGAAGUGCGAAAAAUGCGCGACAUCUACGGCCGUAUUGUGGCGGCCCUUGAAAUAAUCAAGGACAAAAAGAGCACCUUCUGCGAAAUGGAUUUUUUGAGCAAAAGUAGCACAAUCAACCAGAACCUCGAACAACUGAUCAUGGACAUUCCCGCUUACAUCUUCAUAGUGGAGAACCUAUCCGAUCGACUCGACGACAAAUUGGGUUGGAAGGAGUUCAAGUUUUGCUUCAAGCUGGCCACCAGUCAGAUAAAUGGCGUCAUUGCAAAACUACUGGAUCACAAGGAUGCCCUGCGGGAUGCUAUUAGCCAGAUAUGUUCGCUGGUGCGAAAACAGGAAUUCACUCAGUCCGUAAUUGAGCUGGGAUUGCUGGAAGGCUCCAGUGGGCUGUCUAGCAAUUUAAAAAUGGCUGAUCACGAGAACAACCUAAAUCAGGGGCUUUGCGAUAAGGAGGCGAUCUAUUUGGAUCGCAAACAAUACUACGAUUAUAAUAGCAUUAAGUUGAAUCUCAUUCGCCACCUGUGUGAGCCACCUAUUGCGGCCAGUAGCAAUCUCUCGAAGAACGCCCUGCGUCUGCUGCACUCCACCCAGCUGGCCGACAUGGAGUUCGAGGUGCACACCUUUGCUGCUGGGAAGACAGAGACCGCCAGUGGGGAGUCGGCAGCGAAGGUCCUUCAGGUGCACAGCUUCAAGGCGCAUCGGGUGAUCGUUGCCGCUCGCUGCGAGUGGUUCAAAAAGGCCCUGAUGUCGGGCAUGCAGGAGUCCAUCAAUCGAAAGGUCAUCAUCACAGACACCUCUCCCGUAAUCUUUCGACGCCUGCUCCUCUACCUCUACGGUGCUCCCAUCGAUCGAACAGUGGGCGCCGAGCAGGUGUGCGAGCUAAUGCUCUUGGCAGAUCGUUACUCCAUAGAUGAUCUUAAGGAAUUGUGCGAAAACACCCUAUACUCUUUAAUUGACGAGGAAUCCGUGGUCUGCCUUCUGGGCAUUGCGGAUCGCUAUAUGGCCACUGCUCUGAAGUCGAAAUGUCUUUCUUUUCUCUCGCAACAUGCGCAACUGACCAAGUGUGAAAUGUUCAAGGAAUUGCCCCAGACACUUCAGCUAGAGGUUAUGGAUUUGAUACAUUGGUUUGGACGUGUCUCAGAGCCGUGGAACGAUCGGGGAUUCAAGCCGCGCAGCAGCUCGCGCCACAGCCUCAAGAGUCCUUCGAAGCCGCGCUCGCGAUCCCGCAAGUCCUCGCCCUCCUACAUGUGACGCCGACAAAGCGCCAUUGAACACACGAAUGCCAACUUCUUGUGAUAAUUUUAGAAGACUUCGCAAUCCAGAUCCGGAUAAAAUAGUCAGUAAGGAGUAGGGGAGAGCAUGGUAUAUAGGACGAUAGCUCAGUGAGUUUAGACUUUACAGGGCGAGGAGGAGGUAGUCGAAAUCAGUUACAGGAAUGACCGGGACUCUGACUCUCGUCUCUGCUUUGGUGAAACGCCACCGGAGCAGAACGACUAACCACAAUAUCAAGCCAAAUAGCAAGAGGCAAACAUGACCUGAUUUUAAUGAGUUUUACUUAGUUCACUAGUAGAUAGAUAGGAAUUCGACGUAUAACUUGCAUUCAAAUUUCUCUAUAAUUAAUUGAUUUAUGUAGGGAACCUGUUUUCCAAGACCACUGGGUGUUGGGAACCAGUUUGAAAACUUUGAUAUUGCAUCCGGACAACAAAAUUACAUUUAAAGAUCGAAUAGAUUUAGAAAACGGAUAGUAACAAGCAAUUGGCAGAUACGUUAUGUAAAUACACAAAUGAUUAGUAUAGAAAGGCUUUUCAAAACCACUCCUUUAUUUCGAUAUUUUUCCUUUUGAGGUCCACUUGUGAGGUAGGUUAGUUGUACACUUGUAGUCUGACCGGUAGGUAGAAUUUAGUCCUUUGGAAAAGCCAAAGUGAAUAAUUGUUUUGUAUUGGGCGAACGGAAUAUUGACAAAAUGCAUAAUACAACAAAAUUCGGUACACCGAAUAUUAAGUGCUACACUAUUGUAAAAUAACUAGUGUAUUUUGACAUAUAGUGACAUAUUCAAUUUAACAUUAGACUAUUAACCGCGAGACCUAUUCUCAUAUAGUCUUAUGGGUAGGGGACGGAUUUGAGGUAACGACAGCAGCGUAUUUUUUCAUUAAAUUUGAAAGCGUAUCAAAUUAAAAGAAUAUAUGUACAAAUAUUAUGUGUAAAUUAUAUUAUUGUACUAAUUCAAUACAUUUCUUGUUGUCUUUUUAAAACAUA